AUGAUUGCUAAGCGUUCCUUGUCUACUUUGAUUCCACCAAAGAUUUUCUCCGUGAAGAACUUGGGCUCUGCUCCAAACGCUAAGCGUAUCACGCAAGUCGUUCAAUUUUACAAGUCUUUGCCACAGGGUCCAGCCCCUGCCUAUAAGCCAUCCGGCCCAAUUGGCAAGUACAAAGCCAAGUACUUUGAUGGCGACAACGCUAGUGGCAAGCCAUUGUUGCAUUUGGCACUCGCUAUUUUAGGUAUGGGUUACUCUAUGGAAUAUUACUUCCACCUAAGACACCACAAGGAGGGUGGUGAGCACUAG